GUAGUAUUUUAAAUUAUAUCUGUGGUAACCGAAUUACAAAUGAACAUAAAACAUAACCUCGUCUGGACGAAUAUUAGUAACCAUCACAGAAUAGUAGUAACCAUUAACAGAUAACAGUGUACAGAGUACAGAGACAACUACAACCUGUAAAAAUACUACUGCCCAUAACAAAAUAGUUUAGAAUAUAGUCAAACGAGAAAAUUUAAUAAAUUAACCACAAAGCGGGCCGGUUUUUUACUUGGAGGUUCUUACAUUUUACAGUAAAUUUGUAACUGUAUUAAUGGAUGGUGGAGGUGACAGGCCCACAUACUCAAGUAAUAUUGCAGUGAUCAGGGAAGUAUAUGACGGACAUGAUUCACAUGAGUAUUUUGCUAUGGAAUUGGAAAAAUCUUUGGAUAAUGGAUGUGCCAUUAUAGUAAUAGAGCCUUCGCAAUUAGGAGAUGAAACAGCUCGAUGGAUUACAGUGGGAAAUUGUUUACACAAAAUUUCUGUUAUUACGGGACUUUCUAGUAUAGUGUGUGGUUUUGUAUGGCCACAAAAUGUAUUGAUACAAGCACCUUUGGCAGUGUCUUCAGCAUUAUGCAUGGGACUGUAUACAGUAUCUUGGCAAUUUGAUCAUUGUGUUAAAUAUCAAGUAGAGAGGGAUCCUCGCAAAUUAGCUAGACUUCCUAUACUCAGUGCUCUAACAGCAACAUCUCCAGUUGUGCUUGUGCGUAAAGAUGACACCCGAAGGAAAACUUUACAUUGCACAAUUUCUUUAGUCGCCACAAUUUUAUCUAUUUACAGAAUAUUGUAUGCUACAAAAUAAAUUGAAAAAUAAUAAAUUAUGAUUUCUAUGUUA